AUGGAUCGGCGGUUAUGUUCCGUCUGUGUCGGGUUAAAGGUCCGCAAAGACAGGUUGUUAUACCGACAUCAUGAGAGCCUUCAAGCGCUCAAAUCUUGUGCGGAGCGUUUUCUACAACCCUGUUCGGUAUGCCGCUUGAUCUGGGCCGCGGUCAAAGACAAUCUUGUCAACGACAAGCCUCGGCCUCAGCACUUCCUCCACAACUGGAAAACUCAUCCCGACCUGGAGAAUGCCACGCUGUAUCUCUGCCUCUAUCGAAGGGAGCCACCGCCCGACGACGGCAGAUAUGAGGGCCCAUCCGAACCCGAUUUCAAGUCGGCCUGGAAGGAGAACGCUACCUGCAAACUGAAUUAUGAUUCUCCAUCCUUGAAUUACUUUGUGAGAGCAUCAAAAGACAUCCCAGGAGGUGGCUUCCUUGGGCUUGUCAACAUUUCUGUACCUUAUGGUGAGCCAAACGGCGACGAACUUCGUGCUUCCUCAUUUCAAAGACAGCUGCCUAACCAAGCGAGUGACUUCCAGGGUCGACACCCGAGAUACGGGGACGAAGCGCUAGGGAGUCAGCGAAGCCUCAAAAUCAAGCCAAGGCUCAUUGAGCCGGGAGAAGAUGCAGUCGAGGUCUAUGUGGCACUUUCAUACUCCUGGGGGAGCGCCGGACGCAACAUGUUCAAGCUUCGGAGAAGCAAUAGAAAGGCCUUCUUGGCAGGAGUAUCGCUUUCUAAGCUCUGCUUGACACAUCGCCAGGCGAUACAGACUGCGAAAGAACUUGGCUAUCAUGGCAUCUGGAUCGACGCGUUGUGUAUCAUGCAGGACGACAAAAAAGACUGGGCUUUGCAGGCAUCCCUGGUGCCCGAGAUCUAUAACAAUGCCGACCUCACAAUCGUGGCCGGCAGAAGCGAGGAUGCAGACAAAGGCUUUCUGGAACCAACAUACAGCCCGGACACCCCAGAUGCCCAUCUUCCCUAUGAGUGUUCUACCACCUUCACCUCAACUGUCUGUCGGAUUGGCAAGGCACGCACUCGAGAUAUUGGUCCCACGAAUGACCGCGGAUGGUGUUAUCAGGAACUAUUGAUGUCCAGGCGCGCCAUUAUCUACGGCGAGCAGCAGCUGAGUUUUCAGUGUCGCGAACGCCACGAGUUUGAAGACGGCGAAUGCAACAUGGUUGGGCAAAGGGAUACCUGGUACAACCUACUCUUUCCAUCGCGACACAGUGUCUCUCUUCCAGAAGUCAAGGAGAUUCACAAGCCGUGUAACCAGGUUCGGUCUUUUAGACGGUCAACGCGUUACCUUGUACCAAGCUUCGGAAACAAACGCCGUCCAUGGGAGCUGGGAGCGGGCUCUGAUCCGGCCCUACAGAGGUGGUAUGCCAUGGUAGCGGAAUAUUCCAAGCGCAGCUUCUAUGACCCUACCGACAACCACGCGGCAAUAUCCGGUGUUGCUCGUCUCUUCCAGACGGUGCUCGUGGAGAGAUUUGGACCAGGCUCAGACGGCUACAUGGCUGGCCUGUGGGAGAUGGACAUAAUCAGCGGAUUGCUUUGGAGAAGCAGUCGAAUCUUGGAUCCAGACUUGCCGGCACUUCAGAGACCUACCCAUGAAGGGCGUAUCAUCAGACGGGCCCCAUCGUGGUCCUGGAUGGCUCUGGUCGGGCCCAUCUGCCAGGGAAUAAGCACAGACCGAGCUGGUAGCAGGGGAUUUAGUAGACUGGGAGUCCCAUGCUGCGUACCCCGGAGUGAUAAUGAGUGGCCAGGUCCAAUGGUGGAGUACUCCAAGUCCCCUGAUAGUUUCGAGCUUGGCAUCUACGGCUACGUGCGCAGAUUACGCAUCUCGCAGUACAGCACGAGGGAUCAUGCCGAAUACAGCGCAUGGGGAAACAUCGUACCCUAUCCAACGGAGAGCUUGAACCGGCACACGUUUCGCUUGGAGGCGGAGGAGGCCAAGCAGCUGAUCAGGGGCAUACGAGAUCCGAGCCUGGACUGGCCCAAUAUCGCCGCUACGGGCAUUUUUGACAUGGAGUGCAAGGCAACGAAUAGACCCUCGAGUAUCACGGCGCUUCGCCUCACUUCGGAAGAAGGAUUGCUCCUGGACGAGGUGUACGACUCGAGGGGCGACACAGUCGGGUUCAGGAGAGUGGGCGUCUUCGUUAUCGAGAAUCCAGUGGCAUUCUAUCCAGCCCAUUCCAUUGCGGCAAAUGCAUAUGGGGGGUAUGAUAUUAUUGAGGGUCGAUUACCUGUCGAAUCUAUGACGAUUCUGUAA